UGCCUCGGAUGAUGCUCCAUUUCAGUUGGAACAGUAUGGCUGCUGCCGCGUUACCAACUUCACACGUCUGGUUCCACUUGGAUCCCUCAUGUUCCCAAUUCCAAAGCCCCAAGCUUAACCCCUCCGCCGCUCUCCGCCAUCGCUCCAAGCCUCGCCUCGCUCUCUCACCUACACUCGUCUCUUCUUCCCACCCUCUCACUCCUUCGGAUCCCCCUCAGACCUUGCUUCGGUUCGCCGCCUCCGCCGCGCUCCUUCUCGGGCUCGGGCUCGGCUUCUGCGUCGCCUCCGCCCGCUGUUCUCCUCUUCCUCCUGUAGCCCAGCCUCUGCCGGCGCUGCACGAACAAGUAGACGCAGGUGACGGCAAUUUAGGAGCGGAAUUUGCAGCUUGGAAGUCAAAGACAUAUGCUUUGACUGUUCCCCUGACAGUUGCUGCUCUACGUGGCUCUGUACCUCCUUCAUGGAUCAAGGAUUUUAUGCAAUCUCAAGGGAAAAGAUCAAAGCUUCAACUCAAAUCUCAUGCAAGUCUCGAGGGCAUAUUUUCAGAGCUCUCUAUGGCCCUUAGCAGAGGCAAUGUUCGGCCUUCGUCUGUUGCGGCUGCGGAUCUAGUUAGUAUUGGGGACUCUUGGCUCGGUCAUGCCAUCAACAAGGUUCUCAUUGAGCCAAUUCAAGGCGUGGAAGACCAGGAUUGGUAUAAAGGAUUGAGUGACAGAUGGAAAGUAUAUCUACGCAGGAACUCUGAGGGGAGAAUUGACCCUGAUGGUAAAAUAUGGGCUGCUCCAUAUCGGUGGGGCUGCAUGGUGAUAGCAUACAAAAAAACUAAAUUUAGAAAGCAUAACCUGGCUCCUAUAAUGGAUUGGGCAGAUUUAUGGCGGCCCGAACUGGCAGGGAGGAUUUCAAUGAUUGAUUCUCCUAGAGAAGUUAUUGGUGCAGUCCUGAAGCAUAUGGGAUCAUCCUACAAUGACUUGCAAGUGGAUGGUGGGAGAGAUGCUGUAAGGCAAAAUCUUGCUGUACUUGGUAAACAGGUCCGACUAUUUGACAGUGCACACUAUUUGAAAGCGUUUGCAGUUGGAGAUGUGUGGGUGGCUGUUGGGUGGAGCAGUGAUGUUCUUCCUGUUGCCAAACGCAUGCCUGGUGUUGCAGUUAUUGUUCCGAAAUCUGGAGCUAGUAUAUGGGCAGAUCUGUGGGCAAUCCCUGCUGUUUCUCAACUUGAAACAACUCAAAUUGGGGGGCGAGUUAGAGGGCCGUCUCUGCUCAUCCAUCAGUGGAUAGACUUCUGCUUGCAAGCUGCUAGAGCACUCCCUUUCAAGCAGGAGGUAAUCCCAGGUGCCUCCCCCUCUGCACUUGAUAGUUCUCCAACGGAAGUGUUAGAGGGUAAGCCAAGACUGGACACAAACCUCAUUGCAGGAGUACCUGCACCUGAGAUUUUGGCAAGGUGUGAGUUUUUGGAGCCUUUAUCGGACACCAUGUUAUCAGAUUAUCAAUGGCUGAUAGAUAGUACGCAGAAAUCUAAACAGGGUUUGGUCUCUAAUAUAAAUUAUAAUCUCUUAUUGUUGAUUCAAAAUUUGUGGUGGAAGCUGCUUUCAAAACCUCCUGUAUCAUGAAUAUUGUUAGUUUAAGCAAGUUAGAAAUGGGAACAGAACGUCGUGGAGAUUUCGGCAGAGAAUAUCUGCAAGUAGAGUAACUUUUGGCAUAUGUAUACAUGGACAGAUUAUUGAUCUUCAGAUUAUGAUCUAAACUAUGAGCAGGGUUUCACAACUUGAGCAUAUUU